AGACAUACACUGGGCUCAGUGUGACUCAGCAAGCUUGGAGCAAGACGCUAAGGAAGAUGAACUCGUGAAGAUUUGCCGCUGCUUAAGUGGCAUUGGGUAAAUAACCGUCUAUAAGCCCCGCCAUCAGAGGGGAAAUCGGGCAGCUCCGAGCAGGCGUCCACUACGAGGUCUGGAUUCAUUCACUCCACUUCAAGCCCGCUCCAAUGAGGGACUCCUUCCAGGAUAUAUAUGCAAAACGUCUGCAACAUCCUGACUAUGGAUACCCUCUACGGAUGCCAGAGCCAAUGAGUACGCUCCCACAAAAUUACCAAGACGAUGGGCUUCAGAUCGGGGAUGUUGGCAUUAUUGAUAGCAGGGGCCAGUUUGAUGUCCUGUUCAACAUUUGCAAACACAGCGACAACCCUCUUCAUGAUUCUCGCGGCGUACCUCGGAACUUCCGGCCCAUUCAGCGCGGCGACAUCAAGUUCAGUAACAAUGCAAUAUCUGCUGGCCCCAUCCACUCCCAUGGCAUAAAACAGAUCCUCCAGCCCAACAAACCGAGGCCAGCCGAUUAUGAAUUUGACUCGUCCACCCAUGCUGGCGCUAUUCUUAUUCUGCCGCGCGGUGCAGUAUCCGUCGAACUCUUAUCACCAGAACAGUUUCGCGAGGUGGCAAUGAAGAACGCGCUUGACUGGUAUGAGUUUGCCAAAAAGCGCUAUAACGUCCAGCAUCUCGAUUGUUCCCUCUACCUUAUCACUGGCUUUUACAAAGCUCGCUCUUGGUCUCUCGGUUCAUUUAACAACCCUAGGGAUACUACAGGAAAAAUCCUGGCCCGAAGGGAUGAUAACAAUCCCAACAUCUAUCUACUAGAAUUCACGUUUCCCGCCGAUCGUCGUCACAGUCCCCCUGGUGACGACAGUGGGAGCAUCAAUCAAACUGUUUUCAUAACUGGCUUCAAGAUUACGGUCAGCAGUUGGCUCGCGGAUCCCGUAGUUCUGAGGGUUACGGAAUCGGAAACCAUCUGGUUCACACUGGUUCGUCUGUUGAAGGCCUGCCUCAACCGGUUACGCGGUUUUUCAGGCGACCACAAACAGCGUGCAGCAAUAAGUGUGGAACACAGCCCACAGUUAUCACAGCCCUUUCAUCCCUCCGACGUCAUCAACCGUUUCCUCCUAAGCAAGAAUCGAAAUGCUCAGGUUGCUAUUACACAUGAUAACCAAUGGAUGGACAUGAUGAAGGAUUGACGCAUGAGGACCUUCUCCAAGAAGAC